AUGGGAAAAGCCAAGAAGACGAGAAGAUUUGGACUUGUCAAGCGGACGUUGAAUGCCAAAAAAGAUGUGAGGCUCAAGGCUAACCAAGCCAAAGUAACUGGAAGAGACGACCCAGAACUUACCAAACACGUUCCGCAGGUUUCUAGUGCGUUAUUCUUCCAGUAUAAUCAAGCUAUCAAGCCGCCCUACCAAGUCCUGAUAGAUACCAAUUUUAUCAACUUCUCGAUACAAAAGAAAAUAGACUUGGUAAGAGGUAUGAUGGAUGCGCUGCUGGCGAAAUGCAUACCGCUUGUCACAGACUGCGUGAUGGCGGAACUGGAGAAACUGGGGCCAAAGUACAGAAUUGCCUUGAAGCUGGCACGUGAUCCACGUAUUCAAAGACUAAAUUGUAGUCACAAGGGCACUUAUGCCGAUGACUGUAUUGUGAACCGUGUGCUUCAACACAAGUGUUACAUUGUUGCCACAAAUGAUGCUGGUUUGAAACAGAGAGUCCGUAAAGUGCCCGGUAUCCCGCUCAUGAGCGUGGGCGGUCAUGCGUAUGUGGUCGAAAAGCUGCCGGACGUCUUUUAA